UCAGUUGAAACGAAGCUUUCGAAGAAUUCACAUUUAUCUGUUUUGCCGUGCGUCGGUCGGGUUUUGGUUUUCUUAAUAAUUUCCGGUUAAUUUUACAUUCCCAAACGUAAACGAAAUAAUGGAAAAGAGAAAUAUGUAUCCAGAAAUGCCACCACUUCCUGGCGGCAUGCCUGAUGCACCUCCUUCCUACAAUCAAUCGUUUAAUCCUUCAGCACCAUCAUCGGCAGAUAUGGCAGCUCCAAUGAUGUCAUCUUACGGUCCAGGAGGACCAAGACCACAGCCCAUUAUGGUUCAAACUAUGGCACCACCAAUUCCUCCACUUGGCCCACGGCCAUGCCUUGUUGUAUGUCCAAGCUGCCGAGAACAGAAAAUGUCCAAUAUACGCAUGGAAUCCACAACGAAAACUCAUUUGGCUGCUCUUAUCAUGUGUCUUGUGGGGUUGUGUUGCUGCGCAUGCAUUCCUUAUUGUGUGGAUAGCUGCAAGAACGCCAACCAUUAUUGUGGCAAUUGCGAUGCAUAUUUGGGAUCAUACAGCAAGUAAAUUGAAGGAAAGGAAGUGGAAAAGGAUAAGGAAGAAGAGGAUAUUAUGGUGGAAGUCCUGGAACAGAGGUUCUAUCUAAAAGUAUACAUUUUUAUAGAGGAUGAUUUGAUUAGGAAUUGAAGAAUAUUUAUUUUUAUUUUUGUACUAUUUUUUCUCAAGAUGCACUCAGUAUAGGAAAUUGUGGUGUUUUUUGUAUAUUCGUUUUUGAAAAUCCUUGUGCCUAUUUAUCGUAUAUGUGAAUGUAAUUCUGGUUGUUAUGUAAACAAAAUUAUAUAUUAAAGUUAUUGUAUGAAGUUGCUUUUUGUUAAAUAAAUAUAAUUUAUGCAUGCAUGCAUUGUUAAAAAUA